AUGGGAAACUGGAGUGGAGGCCACGUGGCAGAGUUUAUUUUGGUGGGCUUCCCUACCUCAGUGCCCCUCCAGUUACUCCUCUUUGUCCUCUUUCUUGCAAUUUACCUGUUGACAUUGUUGGAGAACGCACUCAUCGUUUCCACAGUCUGGCUCACUCCAAGCCUUCACCGCCCAAUGUACUUUUUCCUUGGCCAACUUUCCUUCCUGGAGCUGUGGUACAUUAAUGUCACAGUUCCCCGGCUUCUGGGAGCAUUUCUUACCCAGGACCAUCGAGUCUCCUACAUAGGCUGCAUGACCCAGCUCUACUUCUUUAUUGCCCUAGCCUGCACCGAAUGUGUCCUGCUGGCGGUCAUGGCCUAUGACCGCUACCUGGCCAUCUGUGAGCCCCUCCGCUAUCCUAGUCUCAUGCCGUCUGGCCUGGCCAUUCGCCUUGCUGCUUCCUCUUGGGGUAGUGGCUUCUUGAGCUCCAUGAUGAAGCUUCUUUUCAUUUCCCGACUGUCCUACUGUGGACCCAACAUUAUCAACCACUUUUUCUGUGAUAUCUCCCCACUACUCAACCUCACCUGCUCUGAUAAGGAACAAGCAGAACUAGUAGACUUCCUCUUGGCUUUAGUGAUGAUUCUGCUCCCUCUGUUGGCUGUGGUUACAUCAUAUGCUGCCAUAAUUGUUGCCAUUCUCAGGAUUCCUACUGCCCAGGGACGUCGCAAAGCGUUUUCCACCUGUGCCUCUCAUCUGGCAGUGGUGUCUUCCCUUGGUAUCCCCUUGGGCCCUGGAAAGGCCAAGUACUUUCCUGAGGGCUAUGUUUGCGGGGAGGUCCCCUGUGGCUGGGAGGGCGUUGGUACCUGCUCCUCCAGUAGCUUGGAGACAGGCAGAGAACAAAAAGCUUCUUCAAGCUGA